AUGGCUCUGGCUGCGCAGCCGGCGAACGAUCGCAAGCGCGUCAAGGUCUACGAGCUCAAGAAUGGCGACUGGUUCGAUCGAGGCACCGGUUUCUGCACCGGGACCAUGGUGAAUGAUGAAGCGCGCAUCUACGUCCAAUCUGAAGACGAGCCCAUACGUACUCUGCUUGAGACCCGCGUGACCAAGGACGAUGGAUACCAGAAGCAACAAGACACGCUCAUCGUAUGGACGGAGCCGAAUGGCACCGACAUGGCGCUCAGCUUCCAGGAAGCUGAAGGCUGUGGAGCAAUAUGGGACUUCGUCAGUGAGGUGCAAUCACACCUUACUUCGCUAUCAGGAGCUGACGAUGGACUCUCAGACGACGUUAUGGACAUGAACCCAAUCAUGCUCCCCGAUCCCGAACUCGGCAACCUACCCGAAAUCGAGCAAGUCAUGCGCGUGGCGAACAAUACUCCCCAAGGCCGCGACGCGUUGGCCAAGUUCAUCGUCCAAGCAGGGUACAUAACGAAGCUCGUCCCGCUCGUGGGAGUGGCUGAGGACUUGGAAAGCUUGGAAGAUUUGCAUCGCCUGUGCAACAUCAUGAAGACGCUCAUCCUGCUCAACGACACAGCCAUCAUCGAGUAUGCCGUGACCGACGAGGUCAUAAUCGGCGUGGUUGGGGCGCUCGAAUACGACCCCGACUUCCCAAGUCACAAGGCAAACCACAGACAGUAUCUGGCUGACGAGUCAAGGUUCAAGGAGGUUGUGAAGAUUGAGGACCCGCUCAUCAAGAAGAAGAUUCACUAUACAUAUCGGCUGCAAUACCUCAAAGACGUCGUGCUAGCGCGCAUUCUCGACGACCCAACUUUUUCGGUUCUGAAUUCUCUGAUCUUCUUCCAUCAGGUUGACAUCGUCCAGCAUCUGCAGCAAAACCAAGCAUUUCUCAAGGAGUUGUUCAGCAUUUUCACGCCACAGGAAAGCAGCGGCCAGAGAAAAAAGGACGCUGUCCUUUUCAUCCAGCAAUGUUGCACCAUUGCGAAGAGCCUGCAGGCACAGGCACGCGCGCAGCUAUACUCGAACUUCCUCAGCGGAGGGCUCUUCAACGUCAUCACAUUCGCGCUCAGGCAUACCGACGCGGCCGUACGUGUUGCCGGAACUGACAUAUUGGUCGCCCUCAUCGACCACGACGCUAUCAUGAUGCGCAGUCAGAUCUUCAAGGCCAUCAAUGACAAGACUAAACCACUAACGGACACGCUCAUCGAGCUUCUUCUCGUUGAGACGGAUCUGGGCGUCAAGGCACAGAUGGCCGAUGCUAUCAAGGUUCUUCUGGACCCUAACGCAAACUCGGCCACAAUGGAGACACUUGGUCGUGCCAACAGCGAAUUUCUUGCCAAGGUCAGCCGGAACGCCCCAUCGCCGCAGACCGAGUCCUUCAUACAGAAUUUCUAUGACGAGUCUGCGAAGAAGCUAUUCCAGCCACUCAAGGAUUUGGAUGGACGUGAAUCCAUGGAGGACCUCACCAUCCAAGAGGUGUCAUUAUAUUCACAUCUCGUCGAAGUUCUCUGCUUCUUCAUCCGACAGCACAACUUCAGGAGCAAGUACUUCAUUCUCUCUGAAGGUCUUGCAUCCCGCGUGGCUCAGCUUAUGGCUUGUCCCGAAAAGCAUCUCAAACUCACCGCUUUGAAAUACUUCCGGACCUGUAUCGGACUGCACGACGAGUUCCACAACCGUCAGAUCAUCAACAACCGCCUCUUCGACCCUAUACUGAACAUAGUUUACGAAACGAUGCCGCGGGACAACCUUCUCAACUCUGCCUGCCUCGAGCUUUUCGAGUUUAUCAAGCGCGAGAACAUCAAGGUCAUCAUCAACCAUCUCGUCGAGAACUACAGAGAGAAGCUGGAAGGGAUCACUUACGUUCCUACAUUCCAGAAUCUCAUAUUGCGCUAUGAGCAAAUGCACGAAAAAUCAGAUGUCACUGCGCAGAACUCAUUCGCUAGCGACGACACGGAGCCUGGCCGUAUACCCAUGAACGGAGGUCGUAUGCAAGGUCUCCGCGACAUGGAUGCUGAGGAGGAAGCAUACUUCAAUGGCUCGGACGAUGAAGAGGAAACGACUUUGCCCUCGCACGAAGGAAAGCCUAUGUCCAAUGGUGCUCGACCUCUCGUUGACUAUCCCGAGGAUGACGAAGACUCGAUGGAUGUGCUUCAAGAAGGUGUUGUCAACGCAACGCCUUCAGUUGAGCAAGCACCGCAAGACGCAGCGUCAACAAAUCCGCCGACGCCGCCAACGUCGACAUCGCCUCAAGGAUCGCCGCCAAGUGAGCAGGUGCAAGUACCGUCGACGCCGCCUCCGGAACGGCUUUCGGAGAAACGUCGUAGAGAGGAAGAUGAUGAAGAUGAACUCGGAAAGCUCUCGGCGAGCAGUAAGCGGCGCAGCGCUUCGAUCAGCAGUGUGGGCAGCAACAACAGCACUACGGGUGCAAACACAGGGCUAAGGAGGAAAAAGAGCGCCAAUAAUGGGAAGGACGGACCGCAAAAGAUGGCCAUCAAACUUGCGCAUGCCGUCAAGAGCAGUGCGGGCGAUGGCAAGGGCAAUUCGGGCGAAUGA